UCCGGCAUGUUCCGGCAAGCUGUGACGGGAGGCCGUUCCUGACACUGCACCGGCCACUGGCGGGAUGAGAUGACAUCAGCUCGGCGGGACGCGCGCAGGCGGGACAACGCAGCAAAGAGGAGAGUGUAUGAAAACUCCAUGGGGUCAGCCAAAAAUGUGAUAAGUGAGACUGUUGAUAUAGCAGACAGUUAUAACAUGAUGGCUUCUUUCCAGCGCUCUAAUAGUCAUGACAAAGUGAGGAAAAUUGUUGCAGAAGAGGGUCGUACAGCAAGAAACCUUAUUGCUUGGAGUGUCCCACUGGAAAGCAAAGAGGACGAUAGUAAGUCUAAAUGGCAAGUAGGUGGAAAAUCUAAGAGAGUGACUCAUGGAACACACAAACCUACAAAACAGAGUACUACAGUAGACUGUAAAAUAACAUCAGCAGCUGCUGGAGAUAAAAACUUUGACAAAAGCCCAACAAAAACAAGGCAACCUCGAAAAGUUGAUUUGAGAGCUCGAUAUUGGGCAUUUCUUUUUGACAAUCUUAGACGGGCAGUUGAUGAAAUCUAUGUUACUUGUGAGUCGGAUCAGAGCGUAGUAGAAUGCAAGGAGGUUCUAAUGAUGCUAGAUAACUAUGUAAGAGAUUUCAAAGCAUUGAUUGACUGGAUACAGCUACAGGAAAAGCUAGAGAAGGCUGAUGCUCAAAGCAGACCUACUUCAUUGGCCUGGGAAGUAAAGAAGAUGUCUCCAGGACGUCAUGUCAUACCAAGUCCAUCAACAGAUAGAAUCAGCGUAACAUCAAAUGCUCGAAGAAGUUUAAAUUUUGGGAAUCCAUCUGUGACAAUUCCUGCCACUCGUCUGGCUCCUUCAGGUGUAAGUUGGGCUGAUAAGGUGAAAGCUAACCAUGGAGCUAAAGCUGCCACUCCAGAGCUAGCAACUACACAAACCUGCAUGCCAACACCAGUGCAGAAGUCAUCACGGAGAAAUGAACGGAAGGAUGCAGAAGGAUGGGAAACAGUUCACCGUGGAAGGCCUGUUCGAUCUCGAUCUACAGCUGUAGCAACAAAAACUCCUGUAGCUGCAGAAUUGCUAAGAGCUAAAGAUGACAGUGACAAAGAAAAUGUAGUCUUCAGACAAUCAGAAAAUAAACAGAAGAAUUCAUUCGAUGGAGAUAGUGCAUCCAAAAAUACAGAACCUCUGCAGAAAGAUUCUUUAUAUCUGAGUGAGCAUCCUCUUGCUGAAAGGACUCAGUUCACAGCACACACACUAGAAGAUACCAGAAACACUGGCAAUGUGGUUUUACAAGACAGUUCUUGCUUACAAACACCUGAAAUGCCGGCAGUUGUCGUAGACACUGAACAUACUUCAGAAAGUCUACAGAUUGAUGAAUCUCCCUCCCUGAUCUCUGGUAGUAAAGAACAGCAUGAAGCAUUAAAAAACAAGAUAGAAAGCGAAAUGGACCCUUCAGACAUUUCAAAUUCUAUGGCAGAAGUCCUUGCUAAAAAAGAAGAGUUAGCAGAUCGCCUGGAAAAGGCCAAUGAAGAAGCAAUAGCUAGUGCCAUUGCAGAAGAAGAGCAGUUAACUAGAGAAAUUGAAGCAGAAGAAAAUAAUGACAUUAACAUUGAGACUGACAAUGAUAGUGAUUUUUCUGCUAGCUUGGGCAGUGGAAGUAUAUCUUUCUGUGGCAUGUCUAUGGACUGGAAUGAUGUCCUGGCAGAUUAUGAAGCUCGUGAAUCAUGGCGUCAAAAUAAUUCAUGGGGUGAUAUAGUGGAAGAAGAACCUGCGCGCCCACCAGGCCAUGGAAUACAUAUGCAUGAGAAACUCUCUUCACCAUCUCGCAAAAGAACAAUAGCAGAAUCUAAAAAGAAACAUGAGGAGAAACAGAUGAAAGCUCAACAGCUGAGAGAAAAGUUACGUGAAGAGAAAACGCUAAAGCUUCAAAAACUGAUGGAGCGGGAGAAAGAUGUGCGAAAGUGGAAAGAAGAAUUACUGGACCAGAGACGCAGGAUGAUGGAGGAAAAAUUACUUCAUGCUGAAUUUAAACGCGAAGUGCAGUUACAGGCAAUUGUGAAAAAAGCACAAGAGGAAGAAGCAAAGGUAAAUGAAAUUGCAUUUAUAAACACCUUAGAAGCCCAAAAUAAACGUCAUGAUGUGUUGUCCAAACUAAAAGAAUAUGAACAAAGACUAAAUGAAUUACAGGAAGAACGCCAACGGAGGCAGGAAGAAAAGCAAGCACGUGAUGAAGCUGUUCAGGAGCGUAAAAGAGCUCUGGAAGCAGAACGCCAAGCCCGGGUUGAAGAGCUGCUGAUGAAGAGGAAAGAACAAGAGGCUCGGAUUGAACAGCAGCGGCAGGAGAAAGAGAAAGCACGGGAAGAUGCAGCACGGGAAAGGGCCAGAGAUCGAGAGGAGAGGCUGGCAGCUCUCACUGCAGCUCAACAAGAAGCAAUGGAGGAGCUACAGAAAAAGAUUCAGCUGAAGCAUGAUGAAAGCAUUCGGAGACACAUGGAACAAAUUGAACAGAGGAAAGAAAAGGCAGCUGAAUUAAGCAGUGGGAGACAUGCUAAUACUGAUUAUGCACCUAAACUUACACCAUAUGAACGAAAAAAGCAGUGUUCAUUAUGCAAUGUUUUGAUUUCCUCAGAGGUGUAUCUUUUUAGCCACAUUAAGGGGAAAAAACACCAACAAGCAGUGAGAGAAAAUAGUAGCAUCCAAGGACGAGAGCUUUCAGAUGAAGAAGUGGAGCACCUGUCAUUGAAGAAGUACAUUGUUGAUAUUGUGAUUGAAAGCUCUGUUCCAGUAGAACCUUUAAAAGAUGGAGAGGAGAAGCAAAAAUCUAAAAAAAAGGCAAAGAAGCUGAAGGCACGGAUGAACUCCAGGGCUAAAGAAUAUGAAAGUUUAAUGGAAGCAAAAAAUGCCACCUCUGAAUCACCAUACAAAGCAAAGUUGCAGCGAUUAGCAAAAGAUCUUCUAAAGCAGUUCCAAGUACAGGAUAGCAGUUCAUUGGCAAACAACAAGGUUUCUGCUCUGGACAGGACUUUAGGAGAGAUUUCUCGUAUUCUGGAAAAAGAGAAUGCAGCAGAUCAGAUAGCAUUCCGGGUUGCAGGAGGACUCACAGCCCUUGAACACAUUCUUCAAGUAGUGAUUUCUUCCACGAAUCUGAAUGCAGUUUUACGGAUUCCUCCCAAGUCACUCUGCAAUACCGUAAAUGUUUACAACCUGGCCUGCAGUAAUUGCACAGAAAACUGCACCUAUGUUCUGUUUAGUAAUAAGAUCACCUUUUUAAUGGACCUGUUGAUGCAUCAGUUAACGGUUUGUGUUCCAGAUGAAUAUAAUGCAAUAUUAGGAAGAAGUGUAAAUAAGCAAGUAUUUGAAGGUUUAACAACUGGACUUCUCAGAAUUAUUGCUGUGGUCUUUGGGUGUCUGAUCUCCAGUCUACCAGAUGUAAAUAAUCAGCCCACUGCACCUAAAAUAAUACAGGAAGUGAAAAACAAGCCCUCAAAAGUUGAAGCCUUUAACAGCAGGGUUCAGGACCUGAUCAGUUAUGUGGUGAAUAUAGGAUUGAUAGACAAGUUAUGCUGCUGUUUCCUCUCCGUCCAAGGUCCUGUUGACGACAAUUCAAAAAUAGCUACUUUUCUGCAAAAUGCUACAGCAGUGUUACAUGGAAUGUGUCAGCUCUGUUUUGCUGUCAGUGGAAGGUCUUGGCCCAUAUUUGACAAUACACGUCAGGAUCCCACAGGGCUAACUGCAGUUCUUCGGACUACAGAUCUAGUUGGAGUCUUGCAUAUGCUGUACUGUAUUCUUUUCCAUGGCACCAUCUCAGAUUCAAACAUGGCAAGUCCCAAAGAGAGUUAUACAGAGAACACGAUCCAGGUUGCUAUUCAGAGUUUACGCUUCUUCAAUAGCUUCGCAGUUCUUGAUCUGCCAGCUUUUCAGUCUAUUGUAGGUGCUGAGGGACUUUCUCUUGCAUUCCGUCAUAUUAUCAGCUCUUUGCUGUGGUACUGUUCUCAGCAUACCUGUGAAGGACUGCUACAUGAAGUCAUUGUUUGUGUUGGGUAUUUUACUGUCAACCAUCCAGAUAAUCAGGUAAUUGUACAAUCUGGCCGUCACCCCACAGUGCUGCAAAAACUAUGCCAGUUGCCUUUCCAGUAUUUCAGUGAUCCUCGCCUAAUCAAAGUGCUCUUCCCUACGCUAAUAGCUGCUUGUUACAAUAACCCUCAGAACAAGAUCAUUCUGGAGCAGGAGAUGAGUUGUGUUUUACUUGCCACAUUCAUUCAGGAUUUCACACAGAAUUCAGGCCAAACAGAUAACCAGUCUUCUCAACAAAGGGCAGAAAAAUUCUUCACUUCCCAAGAUUAUCUUGAGCUGUCUAACAGAUUCCCUUGCCAAGCCUGGGAAGAAGCACGACAGUUCUUCUUGAAAAAAGAGAAAAAAUAAGUGUUUCAUUUUGUUUCGAUUUUUAAAACAUCUAACAUGUUAAUGUUAAGCAAUUUGUCCUAAUUACAUACUUUAAGAAACUGUUUUGGAAACUUCUAGAUACUCUAAAUACUUAUGCUGUAGAUAUAUAUAAUUUGCACUAUUUAUGUCUUAAGUACUGUAGAUACUUUAAAGCGCUGUUUUUUAAUUUUGAAAAUUGUUUAUUUCAUUUACAUACUACAUCAUGGUUUUGGUAGCUUCUACCCUAUGAUGUGUUCUUCUUGCACUGUAAAACUGCUGAAAUUAGGUUACAAAUAUAGAAAAUGUUAUCUUCUAUAUAUCUUGUAAUAAAAUAACUUAUUCUGUUUGUAGUGUGACUUAUUCAGAUUACUAUAGACCACAAUUUCAUAAAUAGAAAUAGAAGUCUUGAGGCAUCUUUUGAAUUAAUCAAAAUUUUGGCAAGUUUAUGCUGAAUUGACUCAAUUUAGAGUUCAUUUAGACUUUUCUUGUGAUUUAGAAUAAGAUCAUUUGUAAUAAACUUUUUAAGCCACACACAUUUUUAAAGUUUGAAUAAGACUUUCAUAAUAAUUGUUAAAAGAUUGUGAUGCAUCUUGGUACUGUUAAUGGUGAGUUUUCAUAAAGCUAUGUCAGGCAAUAUUAAAAAAACAAUUACAGUG